AGGUUCCCGUCUUCAUUUCUAUUGCUCUAUCAUUCCAUAUAUUUCAAUUUUCUCGCAGUUCAAAAUACAGCAUAUCUAGAAUUCAUUUUCUUAUGAGAAAAAUUAUGUUUCUUCCAUCAAUUUCUCGCCUAUUCGCCGAUACUAAAUCACUCAAUAAACCAAUUUUUUCACUCAAAUUGGUACAUUUAGUCAGCACUUCUUCAUCAUCAGCUGGAGAAUACUUAAGUCAUUUGCUGAAAAAUAAAAAUGUAUCGGGUAUGGAGAGAACAUUGAGCUCAGUUAGGUCUAAGCUAGAUGCUCGAUGUGUUGAUGAAGUAUUGGAGAAAUGCGCUGUUGAUGAUCCCCAAAUGUGUCUGAGAUUCUUCAUUUGGGCUGGUCUUCAAUCCAGCUAUAGACAUAGUAGCUACAUGUACAGUAGAGCUUAUAAACUGCUUGGAGUGGAUCGUAAGCCGCAAGUUAUUCGAGAUGCAAUUGAGGCUUAUAGGCUGCAUAAAUAUGUCACAAGUGCUAAGAUGUUUAAAGUUGUGUUGAAUUUGUGUAGAGAGGGAAAAGAUGCAAUCUUGGGCUUGUGGGUGUUGAGGAAAAUGAAAGAGUUGAAUUGUCGCCCGGAUACGAUUAUGUAUAAUGUAGUUAUUCGAUUAUUAUGUGAGAAGGGAGAUAUGGAUGAAGCAAUGGGUUUGAUGAGAGAGAUGGACCUGAUUGAUGUUCAUCCUGAUAUGAUCACCUAUGUUGUGAUGAUUAAGGGGUUGUCUGAGGUGGGUAGGUUGGAAGAAGCUUGUGGAUUAACCAAAGCUAUGAGGGAACAUGGAUGUAUACCAAAUACGGUUACCUAUUCAGCUCUUCUUGAUGGGAUUUGUAGGUUCGGGAGUUUGGAAAGGGCACUUGAGUUAUUGAGAGAAAUGGAAAAAGAUGGUGGGCAGUGUAAGCCUAACGUCGUUACAUAUACUACCGUGGUUCAAAAUUUUGUUGAGAAAUGUCAGUCAAUUGAGGCAUUAAGUAUUUUGGACCAAAUGAUGGAUUUUGGGUGUAAACCAAAUAGGGUACUUAUCUCUACUUUGAUUUACGGUCUUUGCAAAGAGGGGCAUGUGGAGGAAGCUCAUAAGAUCAUUGACAGAGUAGCUAAAAGUGGUAUUUCAUAUGAUUCUUGCUAUAGCUCUUUAGUUUUAUCGUUAUUUCGGAUUGGAAAAGUCGAGGAGGCAGAAAUGUUUUUUAGGAGAAUGUUGACUGGUGGCCUAAAGCCUGAUAGCUACACCUCAAGCACAAUAAUACGAUGGCUUUGUCAGCAAAAUCGGAUACUUGAUGGAUAUCACUUGAUUGAGCAGUCUGCAAGUGUAUCUUCUAUAGAUUCUGAUAUUUAUUCUAUUCUUAUGGCUGGACUAUGCGAUGCAAAUCAUCUUGCGGAAGCUGCUAGUCUUGCUCAUCUGAUGGUCGAGAAAAGAAUUCAGCUCAAAGGUCCUUCUGUUAAGAAUGUAAUUGGAUGUCUUAGACGUUGUGGGAAAGAAGAUUUAGCUUCAAGUAUUGGUAACGUUAAGAGCUGAUGAAUGUUGCGAUUACAUUAAUAUGUUGAUCCUACUUAAGCACCAAAAGGGUGCCCUCGUCAGUUAUAUGGAAUAUUCCACACUGUUAGUUGUUGAGGCUAUGCAUGAGCGGGUUUAGUGCUUGUUCUUCCCUUAUAUUCCUCUAUAUUAGUCCUCACAUUGUUCAUUUCUUCGUUCGGUGCUUUCGAUCAAGCCGUAUAUACAGAAUUGAACUUUCCCUACUAUUCAUUUUACUGGGACUUUGAACGCUGUGCAUUGGAAGUGAAUCAGUCUAAAAAGUUGACGAAAAUCCAAUGAUCUUUCACCAGAAUCACUCUGUGUGAAUGAAUGUGAAGAGGAGGAGUUCUUGAAUCUGAUAAGAAGGAAAAGAGGCAAAUGGGAUUUCAAUAAUUAAAGGAAAAAUAUCUCUGUGUACACUUCAUUAGUUUAGCCCAUGUUACUGCUUGAACAGUUGGUACUUGACUUAUGUAAUAUGAGUUCUGGGUAAGAAUUGUCUCUCACUUCCAAAAUUUGAUGACAUUCAAGCAUGAAUGUUCUCAUUUGCAAUAAUCAGAUGUGCUGCUGGCUAUUACCUA